AUGUCUACGUCUCAACUACAACUCCCAGACGCGCCCUCGCGCGAAGAGACAAAAGCAGAUCCCCGGAAGACGCUCGACUGGAUCUCAACUUGUUUGGCACAAAUAUAUUCCGUCCCGACCCCAGCGACAGCGGACUCAAAAGCAUCCUACUCAACUCUUUACACAACAGUAUGGAACUACUGCACCACCACUCGAGACGAGCGCAGGAGCGGCGAUGUCAGCGUCGUGAGUAGCAAGGACCUAUAUGCAAAUCUGGAGCGAGCGAUCCAAGCGUACUGCCAGGCAGCCCUUGAAGAUGUCAUCACCAGGGACAAGGACAGUAUCCUCGAAGCGUACACACAGCAGUGGGCAAUUUUCACGCGUUUGAGAAGCCAAGUGUCGCAUUUGCUCCGUCCGUUGGAGGAUCGCUGGAUCGAACGAGAGAGAGUGGAUGGGCGAGGAGACGUCUUGGGGAUUUCGGAGCUUCAUACGGAGCUGUGGAGGAGGGAAGUGUUCAAGGCGUCUACGGAGGCUGUUAUUUCGGAUGCUCUGGUGGUAAUGGAGCGGGAAGAUGAGGGGAGUGAGGUUUUGAGAGAGACGUUGGCUGAAUCGAGGAGUGUUGGUUUGGUGAUGUCUGGUGGCAGGUUGGUGGGCUUGAGUUGA